GAUAAACCCUCGCCUGAGUUCGCCGGGGUGGGGGAUAAAAAUAGUGAAAGCAGCCGUCCCGCUCUCGCCGAGCAUUGUUUAUAUCUCAUCGCUUCGUCAAAGAGAGGGAGGCCAGCCCAGGAUGAACGGCGAGUCAGGUGCCGGAGUGGUGACGGCCCCCCCUCCCACCACAGCCCCCCACAAGGAGCGGUACUUCGACCGGGUGGACGAGAGCAGUCCGGAGUACCAGAGGGAGAGAAACAUGGCGCCCGACCUGCGGCAGGACUUCAACAUGAUGGAGCAGAGGAAGAGGGUCUCCAUGAUCCUACAGAGCCCGGCAUUCUGCGAGGAGCUGGAGACAAUGAUCCAGGAUCAGCUGAAGAAGGGGAAGACGCCCACGAGCCUGCUGGCUCUGCAGCAGAUCGCAGACUUCAUGACCACCAGCAUGCCCUCCAUGUAUCCUGCUGCGCCACAAGGAGGCAUGGCAGCGCUCAACAUGAGUUUGGGCAUGGUGACUCCCGUGAACGAUCUGCGCGGCUCAGAUUCUAUCUCCUACGACAAGGGCGAGAAGCUGCUUCGCUGCAAGCUUGCUGCCUUUUAUCGGCUCGCUGACUUGUUUGGCUGGUCCGAGCUUAUCUACAACCACCUCACAGUCAGGGUGAAUUCUGACCAGGAGCGUUUUCUCAUCGUCCCCUUCGGGCUCCUGUACAGUGAAGUCACUGCCUCCAGUUUGGUGAAGAUAAACCUGCAAGGUGAGAUAGUGGACCGGGGCAGCACCAACCUCGGAGUCAACCAGGCCGGCUUCACUCUCCACUCUGCCAUCUAUGCUGCACGGCCCGAUGUCAAGUGUAUCGUACAUGUACACACACCUGCGGGUGCUGCGGUGUCCGCCAUGAAAUGCGGCCUGUUGCCCAUCUCACCUGAGGCGCUGUCUCUGGGCGAGGUGGCCUACCAUGACUACCACGGCAUACUGGUGGACGAAGAAGAGGGUGCUCUCAUACAGAGGAACCUAGGGCCUAACAGCAAGGUGCUCAUCCUGAGGAACCAUGGGUUGCUGUCUGUAGGUGAAACAGUAGAGGAAGCUUUCUAUUACAUCCACAACCUGGUCACUGCCUGUGAGAUCCAGGUGCGAACACUGGCCAGCGCUGGAGGGCCAGAUAAUCUGGUGAUGCUUGACCCGGUGAAAUACAAGUUGCGUCCAAGGGUUCCCGAGUCAGUCGGCGACGGGUCCUCUGUACACCCCAAGUGGCAAGUUGGGGAGCAGGAGUUUGAGGCUCUCAUGAGAAUGCUCGACAACUUGGGCUACCGGACGGGCUAUCCUUACCGCUGUCCGGCAUUGCGAGACAAAGGUAAAAAGUACAGUGACGUGGAGAUCGCUUCCUCUGCCCAUGGGGGCUACUCAUACGGGGAGGACAGCGACUCAGGCGCUCGCUCCCCAAUGAAACACAGCUUCCAGCGCGGCCAGCGCGACAAGACCCGCUGGCUCAAUGCCAGCGGCCGGCCCGACGAGCCCUACGAGGAUGGGCCCGACGGCGGCAGCCCCAAGUCGAAGCCUAAGUGGACAAAGGAAGACGGCCUCCGCCAGGCUGCCGUAGCCAAUCAGUUCAUCCCAUUGAACACCAACCCAAAGGAAGUCCUGGAAAUGAGGAAUAAGAUCCGGGAGCAGAACCUGCAGGACAUAAAAACAGCGGGGCCCCAGUCUCAGGUUCUGUGUGCCACCACCGUGGUGGAACGCACCUUUACCCAGGGGGAGCUUGUGACCGCGUCCAAGGCCAUCAUCGAAAAGGAGUACCAGCCCAAGGUUAUCGUCAGCAAGCAGGGUCCCAACCCCUUCACCAAACUCACUGACCAGGAGCUGGAGGAAUACCGCAGGGAGGUGGAGCAGAAACAGAAAGGGCCUGAAGUGCAGGGACAAGACGCUAGUAGGGAGGGAUCAGCCUCCAGCGUGUCCUGUCCUGAGCCUGAAACACUACCGAGAGGUCGAGCCUCUGUCUCCACAACUCUGCAGUCUCCAACCGACUCGGCCACCUUUGAGAAGGUCCCGCCUACACCAGCCUCCGGGCAGGGCUCCUCUUCCCUCGGCUUCUCCAGUGGGGCCGAGCCAGCUCAGGACGGCACUGACUCUGCAGGGACGCAAGCAGAUGACAUUUUUUCCACCGCAGAUGAGGUUUUUUCAGCCCCAGAUUCCCCUCAUAAGGAGUUCCACUGCGCCGUGCUGCGAGCCCUCAGCAAGGAGCCGUCAAUGGCAGAGGCAGCUAGGGCGGAUCAGGCCCCAGAGUCGGAGCAGCUAGAGGAGCCUGAGGAGGAGCCCAAAGGCCAGAAACCCACCUCCACACCACCCAGCACCCCAGUCAGAGCAGAGGAAGACGAGUCCUUUACCAGGUACAACAGUGCUUUAUUUGAGUGUGGCUUUUGGUUGGCUUUGCUGAGACUCACCGUUGGUUUAGCUUCAAAGAUGGUUGAAGCCCAAAGCUUGGCUGUGUGGCGUUUAGUCUCCAUUUUAUCUGUCCAUGUCGUUUGGCCUCAUCUCUGUUCUGACAGACAUGAGAGACGUGAAAUGCAGACUGGUGUGUGGUGUUUUAUCAGGUCUUGACAAAGGGCUGUGUUUCAUGCUAGUCUCUGUAGUAGUCAGCGCAGUGUGAGCCUGUAGCAGUGGUUUGAAUGCUGUGUGGGCCACUGAUCCGUGGAGGUCCUUCCGGAUCAGCACCAGUACUUGUUGCUUCUUUAACUCACGUUUUGUUGGGAGUGUGUUUAAAGGAUGAGGCAAUUGCCUUAAUAAGUAUCAGUAGAUGGUUAUAAGAAAAGCAUAGCCAAAUCAACACUGGUACUUCUUCAAAAAAAUAAAUAAAUAAAUAAAACAAAAUAUGAUUUCUGCAGUCUGACUAUACUCAUAUACAAAAGCAAUAUUCUUAAGCUAAUUAAGCUUAAACUUUUGCUUUUGUAUUUUUGGUUUUGGAAAGGCUGAGUUUUGAAUUCAUUUUCCUUUAUCCCCUCCCCGGACUUGCUUUGUGACCUCACUUGUGUGGUUUUGUUAUUAAAAUCUCUGAAAAAUAAUUAAAUAUUUUUCUGAUGUAGA